AUGGGGCCCCCGAACAACAGCGACAUCUGUGCUAGGUACGACGUAGAAUUAGCCGCGGGGAUCAUUUCGAAAAAUAAUUACCAACGAGUGGCAGUGCAGUUGCCCGACUGCAUGCUAGAGGAUUCGCUUCUCCUUUCAAAUGCCAUCAAGGGAGAGCUCGACAAAGGAGGUGGUUCACCUCUCCCCUCCAGUUACGAAUCGACGGGGAUGAUCACCCCAUGUUGUGGCGGAAAAUCUCGCACAGAAGACGAAUAUAUCUGUGGGAAGGAAGACAAUACAGUUGGAAGUACCCCCAAUGGAGUUAACAUAUACAUUUUAGGAGACACAUCUCUGAACGAAUGUUGCGAGGAUUACGUAAGUGCCGAACAUGUGAAGGCAGAUGUUCUGUUGCACUAUGGACCAUCAUGUCAGUCGUUAGUAGUUUCAUCCAUUCCGUCAGUUUACUUUUUUAGUGAGAGAAAACAGGAGGAAUCGUUUUAUAAAACAGUUAAGGAGGGGUUCAUACAGAGUAACUUUCCCAAGAGGGGUGAAGUGUGCAUGGUUCUGUGUGACGUGGGCUACACAGGUUGUAUGUCCCGCUUGGUGAACGCCUUUGUGGAGGUUGGCGGCGAUGCAGGGGGUGUAGAUUGCGGGAGCGGAAUGAAGCCGCUUUUCCUGGUGGACGGGCGACUCGUGGGGGGAGAGUCCUUCCUGCGGAGCGGCACGGGUGAAACAAAAGCGGGUGAAACAAAAUCGGGUGCAACAGAAACGGGUGCAACAAAAGCGGGUGAAACAAAAGCGGGUGAAACAAAAGCGGGUGAAACAAAAGCGGGUGAAACAAAAUCGGGUGCUAUAGACAACGAUGGAGUUCAGACGCAUGAAGUUCAGAGCGACGCGGUCCACACCAACGUAAUAGCGUGCCUGAACAGAAUAGCCAACAACGUGCAGGGAAAAAACUGCUACGGGGAUCACAGGAAUUAUGUGCAGCUGGAGGCGGAAGAAGACCUCGAGGGGAAGUACGCCUUCUUCUGUGGUAGGCUUAUGAUAAGGGUUCUGAGUAGCCAGAAAAUGGGGACAUUAAUUUAUGAAGUAAUACGGAAGGAGGAAAUGUGCCCUCCAUGGGGUACGAUCCUAACCAAGGGGGAAGAACAAAGAACCAAUUUAUUUCUUUUUACAAACGGAAAUUUAAACUUAAAGCGCAGGUGUAUUCUAGAAUAUGAAGGUUACCCUGAUAGGGUGCAUAUAUACGAAGAGGAGGGAAGAAAACAUCUCGGGGCAAACGGAAACGGAAGCAAUGAAAUUUCAAAUUUUGAAACAAAAAAAGAUUUGGAUAAACUACUACUGAAAAGAUACAGCCUGAUAGAAAAGUGCAAGCUGGUGGAUACGUUUGGAAUUUUAAUGGCCAACGUAAACUUAAAAAAGAACCGAGAAUUGAAAAAUUGCUUAAGUUAUAUUCUACGAUCGAGGGGGAAGAAAUGCUUUACCAUUGCUACUAACAAAUUGAAUGGUCCUAAACUGGAAAAUUUCUCCGAUAUAGAAAUGUAUAUUCUUUUGUCUUGCCCUGAGAAGAACUUCCUUGAAUUACCUGAUUUUUCCAAGAAAAUAAUAACCCCCUGUGAGUUUUUUAUUGCAUAUGGAUAUAUGGAAUGGCAGUGCAGGUAUCUCUUUGAGUUUUUCCACUUGUUGGAUAUACCAUCUGUUCGGCGUUCGUUGGAUGGUCUACGGGGGGGCAAGUACCUGCUGUGGUCCCUCGAGUGUGGGUCCCCCAGUUUGGCUGAUGUUCGAAAGGGGGUUGUUCAAAGUGGCACCGCCCUAGAAGAAGGCACUGAUGUCGAAUGCGGGGAUCCUGAGCCAUCGGUUUCCCUUGAGGGGUCGUCUGGGACAAGUCAAUCCCUCUUAGCAUGCCACCCCCUCGUGGACCCAUCCUUACCCAUCCCGGUGGAAGAACAGAAGAAAUUCAUAACCACCUUUGACGAGAGGUCGCCCAUGUGUAAGUACUUUUUGGAAACCUUAGUGGAGAAUACGUCCAGGGAGUACAGGGGCGUCGAAAUGAACUACAACACAGACACCGUGCCGGAGGUCGUUCCUGGGGACGACGGCAUAGCUCAACGUUAUGAGUCUGACUUGCGCUUUUGCGGCUGA